GCAGUCCUAUAAGUCGAGGAUAAGCAAGGCCAUAGAUGGCCGCUGGACAUUGGACGCUCUGCCGAACAGUGUACUCGACAGCAAAGAAAGGUAGACUGGUGAGUUCGAGUUCAUUCGUCGUCGUCGUCGUCAACGUUGUCGUCGCAAAGGGAGACGUAACAAAGAUAUUUUGAUCCCGAUUUGUGUUAUCUGGACGUCGGCAGCGUCCUUCAUCCCGUUAGCACGGUGGCGGCUGGUCCCCGCACCUCUUCCCCGUCUUUCAAAUAUCCCACUGGGCAGAGUCCAGACGACACACACCACGCUCAGCCUCGUCCUUUUUCCUUUGGCAGGCCUUGUAGCUCGGCGUUGCCGUUCUGGUUCAUCUCUGCUCUGUAAAGCACGCGGGCUUCGCAUUCACAGCUUAAAUAUGUUCAUCAAUCUACGCUCUCUUUCAAGUUCGCCUUUGGACCUGUUCUUCCCUUUUUUAUUCGCUUCAUACCUUUUCUUACCUGUGCAUUCAUCUUCUUCGCACUUGAUAAAUCGUUCUUCUCUCUCGGACAACCACAGUCGCUUCUCUGGUCUGGAUAGAAAGGAUAAAAUGAGUCCAAGCCUUAGUCGUCGUGAUGAUUGCAUAGACCCAAAUCCUGCUAGUGAUAUCACGGAUCGUCUGAACAUUGCGCUCAAUUCAUCCAGCGAAGGCUACGUCUUGUCACUCUGCCCCAGCGAGCAAUACAUUCUCCAGGCGCCCAUCCUAUUUGCCUUUCCCAACCAAGAAAUCAGCACUCUCGGAUACCCUACGGAUGAUACCAGGGCCACACUUGUCGUGGAUGGACCAGUCUCGGACGGAACAGGGCACACCACUGCUGUCGAUGGCACCUGUUCCACUUGCAGUGGAGUGAAGUUGCGCAACAUCCAGAUCAAUGGCACGCGUCUUGGCGCCGCACCCACAAACGGCGGUGCAAACAUCGAGUUUGGUGGUGUAAACUCCGACCAGCUUAUCGAGUAUGUCCACUCGUUCGAUCCUAGGAGUUGGUCCUGCCUCCACAUUGCCGAAGGUGGCCUUUUGUGCAAUAACGCCACGGUACAGAACAAUGAUAUCGGCCCUUGUGGAUCGGACAACUUUCAGCAAUGGGCAGACGGGAUCAGUGUGGCGUGCCAGAACUCCCUCGUACAGAACAACAUGAUCAACAAUCCUACGGACGGCGGUAUCGUGUUGUUCGGGUCACCAGGCACAUUGGUACAGAAUAACACAAUCUGGGUAGUCAAUAAUACGCUCUUGGGCGGAAUUAACAUGGUCGAUAUCGACCCAUGGGGUGGAAACUAUACUGGUGUUGUGGUCCGCAACAACACCGUCUUGGGCGGCUUUGCUACCGAUUCGGACUCAGCCACCCAGAAGGACGGAGAGAAUAUUGACGAUGUCAUUGUCAAGCUCGGUAUCGCUAUUGGCCCACGAACGUGGUUCGGUGAGACCUAUGGGUCGAACUUCAGUUUCAGCGCUUAUGUGCACGAUAACCUGUUCUCAGGUGCCUUUGGCUACGGCAUGGCCAUAACAUCUGCCGCCAACUUCACCAUCGAGAACAACAGCCUCCUCGGCAACACCUCCUUCAUCGGCUCCCGCGGUCCUAACUGCAGCACCGACGAGACCACGCCAACACCGGCCGCCUUCGUCAUCUGGUCCUCCAAUGUCUCGGACUCGACCAUUCAAUCUGACUUCACCGGCAUCGACAACGGGGACGGUCUCACCUGUAUUGUACCGCCUGAAGGUGGCGACUACUGGCCGUAUGGAGGAAACCCUGCUACCUCUACGUCCGCGGGAUCACCAUCGAGCACAUCGAGCCCCCAGUCCGAUAAUGGUGGCGGCGGCCUUUCUGGUGGCGCGAAGGCCGGGAUCGCUAUCGGCGUUAUUCUCGGUGUCGCUGGAAUUGCUGCCCUCACGUUCUACAUUCGGAGGUGGGCUCUUAGAAGGCAAGCGGCGACGCAGGCUACUUGGAAUAGGUCGAGCUAUACUCAAAAUACGGGGACGUAUUAACCUACUUCCUUUAUGGAAGCAUUUUCGUUUUGAACAUUCAUCUUCUCUCUUUGGAUCUCUCUAGAAUCCUGCUUGCUCUCCAUCCUCUCCUGGUACUUACUUCCUUUACUUAUUGACUCGCUUACGUCCAACUCGAAGGUCAGAGUUCGCUCUCCAGUUUCCCAUGAACUUUACAGUAUACAAGUAUCAUAUACCGCUUCACGCUCUCUACGUACAUACGUCUUUCGGUGGCCUUCGCUGCAAGGCGCACACCCUGACUUUCUGAUAUACAGUGACUAUAUAGGCGGAUUUCUCCAUCAACUUAGUUCCAUUUUCUUGGUCUCUCGGUUUCUUAUGUCUGU